AUGAAGUUUCUUUUGUUGAUACUAGCUCUGCAGGUCACUGCUUCUGGAACUGCUCCACUGACUAACUAUCCAAGCCCUGAAGAAAAUGACGUGGCAUUUGCUCAAAGAUAUUUGGCAAACUUUUAUGGCCUCGAGAUGGAAACAACUCCAAUGACAAAAAUGAAAGUCAACAGGAACAUCAUGGAGAAUAAAAUUCAGGAAAUGCAGAAGUUCUUUGGGCUAAAAGUGACUGGGCAACUGGACACAUCUACUCUGGACAUGAUGCACAGACCUCGAUGUGGAGUGCCAGAUGUUGAAAAUUAUCAACUAUUUCCAGGGCGGCCGGUCUGGAAGAAACGUCUUGUCACCUACAGAAUCAACAAUUACACCCCGGACUUGAAGCCUGAGGAUGUUGAUGAUGCCUUCCAGAAAGCUUUUCAAGUAUGGAGUGAUGUGACCCCCCUGAAAUUCAGACAGAUUCAUGAAAACGAGGCUGACAUCAUGAUACAAUUUGCAUUUCGAGAACAUAGAGACGCCUAUCCUUUUGAUGGCCCAUGGGGAAUCCUAGCCCAUGCUUUUGCACCUGGAGCUGGUCUUGGAGGAGAUGCACAUUUUGAUGAGGCUGAAACCUGGACUAAAGGACGCAAAGGCCCAAACUUGUUCCUAGUUGCUGUUCAUGAGAUUGGCCAUUCCUUGGGUCUUGGCCAUUCCAGCGAUACGAGUGCCAUAAUGUUUCCCAGCUACAGAAAUAUUGACUACAAGAUAUUUCACCUCUCUGCUGAUGACAUACACGGCAUUCAGUCUCUCUAUGGACGUCCAGAAAAACACCAAGUUCCAUCAAAUCCUAGCAGUACAAACCCAGCUGCUUGUGACCCCAAUAUGAGUUUUGAUGCUGUUACUACAGUGGGAGAUAAAAUUUUUUUCUUUAAAGACAGGUUCUUCUGGUGGAAGGUUGCUGAGAGUCCAAAAAGCAGCAUUAGUUUAAUUUCUUCUUUAGGUCCAAACCUACCAUCCCACAUUCAAGCUGCUUAUGAAAUUGCAGACAGAAGUCACGUUUUUCUUUUUAAAGAUGACAAGUACUGGUUAAUGAACAAUUUGAAACCACAGUUAAACUGUCCCAAGAGCAUACAUUCUUUGGGCUUCCCCUCCUCAGUGGAAAAAAUUGAUGCAGCUGUUUUUAACCCACUUUUCUAUAAGACCUACUUCUUUGUAGGUAACAAGUUUUGGAGGUAUGACGAGAGGAGACAAUUCAUGGACCCUGGUUAUCCCAAGUUGAUUACUACAUACUUCCCAGGAAUUGGCCCGAAAAUUGAUGCAGUCUUCUAUUACAACAGGCACUACUAUUUCUUCCAAGGAUCUAAACUACGUAAAUAUCAUGUCCUAGCCCAACGUGUCAUUGAAAGUCUGAAAAGCAGUGCUGUGCUAGGUUGUUAG